CUCUCUCUCUCUCUCUCUCUCUCUCUGUUGAUACUUUUUUUGUUUGUUUCACUACGCUCCAGCUUUCUCUUCGUUUUCCGUCAGAUUCAGAUUGCUUUAUUUUUUUUUUCCAGGAAACUCGAUCGAGAGAUUCCUUUUUUUUUUUUCUUCUCCAUUUUAGUCGCUUUUAUGAUUCGAUUCCUGAAUCGAUUUCGUCUCCUUGCUUGAUUUUGAUUUUUAGAAUAUUAUUCACUGUUUUUGUUUACUUUUUGCUCCAGAAACUAGUAAAAUCCGAUUUUCCGGUAAUAGUCAACAUCGACGUUGACGGAACAAAGAGAAGGAGACGAGAGAAAGAGUCAGAGCUUCAUCAUCAUCAUCAUCAGCUAUAUUUUUUAGUUUCCCGACGUCUAACCACAUGAACCGGCGGCGACUUCUGAUUUCGGCGAUACUUGUCUCAUACUUUCUUCUUCACGGCACGGCUCUCGCCUCCGGGGUAAAGCUUAGAGGUAAUCUGGAUUUUACUAAAACGACGACGUUACCUAGCUCUUCGCAUCAUCGGAAGAUGCUUCUUCUCUCUCCUGGAAAAUCAGAAAAGAGGGCAGAGCCAGAGAGGAUAGGAGACAAGUGCAAGAGUACGGACAUAGUGGUGAACCAAGCUGCAACGGAACCAAUGCCGAGCGGGAUACCAGGUUACACGGUAGAGAUUACCAACAUGUGUAUGUCUGGAUGCGUUAUUUCGAGGAUCCACAUCAGCUGCGGUUGGUUCAGCUCAGCUAAGUUGAUUAACCCAAGAGUCUUCAAGCGUAUUCACUACGACGACUGUCUUGUCAACAACGGCAAGCCUUUGCCUUAUGGCUCCACACUCUCUUUUCACUACGCCAACACUUUCCCUUACCCUCUCUCUGUCGCCUUCGUCACCUGCUCUUAGGCUGUUUGCUUUCUUUUUUUCUUUUUAGGAUAAGAGAUAGUAGUAGAAACUGAGGGAAAUUAAGAGAGUCUUAUUAGAUACGCAAAAAUAUGGAGAUUAGUCUUAUUCAUACGAAUACCAUCAUCCACUUUUGUUUUUUGUUCUCUUCGGAUGUGGAAACAGUGAUAUAUUUAAGUAUAUAAAAAAAAAGGAGUCUAUCAAACUC